CUUAUCUCUUUAGCUAAUACCUAUUGCCCACAACUUUGUUUGUUUGGCUUUUUAUUCGUCUGCUUCCUUGCCUCGUUUCCUUUCCUAAUGUGGACUUUACAUUAUUGAAUCCAACUGAUCACCAAUCUCCCCCUUUCCUUUUCCUGCUCUCCUGGGUUUCUUCCCUAAAUCAAGCUCUGCCGUUUCGAAGAUAUGCAAACAGUACGAAUUUGUUUGUGUAAGAAGCGUUUAUGAUCAAUUUUGACUGCCAGAGCUCAAUCCUUGCUGGGUUUUCUGUAAUCGGAGCUCUUCUGGGUCGUUCAAUUUUCUUGGUUUGUAGCUGACCUGGAAGAGGGUUUUCUGUAGAUUCUCUUCAAUUAACCGUGUUGGGUCCGAAUGGGGACGAACUUGAAUUUCAGGAACUUCACCAACGACUUCGUUUCCUCCUCCGACGCCGGCCGGCAGCAGCAGCAACCGGUGACGCCGUUAAACUUCCCGUUGGCGAGGCAGUCAUCAAUAUACUCUUUGACAUUUGACGAGUUCCAAAGCACGGUGGGUGUUCCGGGGAAGGACUUUGGGUCGAUGAAUAUGGACGAGCUGCUCAAGAACAUAUGGAGCGCGGAGGAGAAUCAGAAUCUGAACAUGGCGGCGGCGCUGCCGGUACAUGACGGUCUGCAGCGGCAGGGGUCGCUAACCCUGCCCAGGACUCUGAGCCAGAAGACGGUGGAUGAUGUGUGGAAGGACAUAUGGAGGGAGUACGGUAGUGGAAGUGGUGCAGCUACUGAGAAAAAUGAGGUUGUCCCACAAAGGCAGCAGACCUUAGGGGAAAUGACCUUGGAGGAGUUUCUGGCGAGAGCUGGUGUCGUUAGAGAAGAUAAUAGUAGUGAUAAGACACAUGUAGCAGUAGGAGGGCAGGUUCAGCAAAGCAAUGGAGGUGGUGCUGGUGGUUUCUUUGCUGAUUUGUCUAGACAAGGGAAUAGCAAUCACAACAGCACUAACAAUGGUUUUGGAAUGGUGGGUUUGAUUAGUAGUAAUGGUAACGCUAAUCCGAUUUCGAUGCAACCGGCAUCGAACUUGCAUUUGAAUGUGAAUGUGGAUGGUGGCGUCAGAUCAAAUCAAGUUCAAUCACAGGUACAGCAGCAGCGGUCGCCGCUGCCACAGAUCUUUCCAAAGCAGGCUAAUAAUGGAGGGGGUUAUGGGCUGUCACUGCAGGGGAUUGGUGGUGCUAAUGGGUUGAUGCAAGGUGGGAUGGUUUCACCGGCUAGCCAGAUUUCGUCAGAUGGGAUAGGGAAGAGCAAUGGGGACACUUCUUCUGUGUCACCUGUUCCUUAUGUGUUUAAUGGAAGUAUGAGGGGGAGGAGACCUAAUACUACAGUGGAGAAGGUGGUUGAGAGGAGGCAGAGAAGGAUGAUCAAGAAUCGAGAGUCAGCUGCUAGGUCGCGUGCUCGUAAGCAGGCUUACACUAUGGAGUUGGAAGCAGAAGUUGCAAAAUUAAAAGAGGAGAAUGAUGAACUUAGGAGGAAGCAGGACAAAAUCAUGGAGGUGCAGAAAAAUCAGGUGAUGGAGAAGAUGAGCAUGGAGAAUGGAGGGAAGAGGAGGUGCUUGCGACGAACACUGACCGGUCCAUGGUGAACAGUUUUUCUGUUACAUAGAGGAUUGGGAGGGAGAGGGGAGAAGGGUUCUUGCUUUGGUGCAUGGGAGAAGAUGAUCUUCUGAGGAUGGUAGUCUGUAGUUUGGAAGUUGUUUCCAGAUCAUGGGUUUAUAGCUGAUUUGUGCAUAGGCUAACCAGACCAAUAGUUGAUUAAAUUCAUGGCCUUCUUUCUUUAUAUCCGUUACAAAAAAGAUGGGAGGGUUUUUGUUGGCCUGUAAAUU